GCUAGCUAGAAGCCUUCCCCAGUUGCUACUAGCUAGCUAGCUAACCUUACUUUCCUCACUACAUGGGAAUCAACCACAAGGAGAUCAUGCCGGAACAAGAUGAGGAGGGCAUAUCACCGGUGCCAGAGCCCCAAACAUGGAACAAGAAGACUGUCAAAAUGCUUUACAAGGCCUUGGCACAUGGUCACACUGAGACCAUUGCUAGGUUAGUGGCUGCUGACCUUGAGUAUUGGUACCAUGGACCUCCACCAUGCCAACACAUGAUGAAGAUACUCACUGGGGAGUCGAGGCACACCGAGUUCAAGUUUAAACCUCGGAGCAUCAUGGCAAUUGGCGAUCGUGUGAUCACGGAAGGAUGGGAUGGAUUCAAGAUCUAUUGGGUGCACGCUUGGACCCUUAAUAAAGAAGGGGUGAUUAUUCAAUUUCGUGAGUAUUUCAACACAUGGCUCACCGUGUUACUUAGGGCUUCGGAGACCAGAGAUGAGUUUCCGGUGUGGCAAAGCGACCCUUGGGAGCGUUUGCACCGAUCCUUGCCGGAUCUUGUACUGGCUAUCUGAGGUUAAGGUUCUAGCUAGGGGCGGGAUAUUUGCACAAAGCCAGAUGUUCAUGUGUUUGACAAGCAUGUUGAACGAUUAAAAUAUGAAAUGUAA